AUGAAUUUGACGCAAAAGUUGCUGCUUCUGCUUCUACUUUUCUUGAGCCAUCAUGCUGAUUCUGGCUCUAUUGUCAAGUUUCUUCCUGGUUUUGAAGGCCCUCUUCCUUUCGAACUUGAAACCGGAUACAUUAGUAUUGGUGAGGAAGAUGAAGUGCAAAUGUUCUAUUAUUUCAUCAAAUCUGAGAAUAAUCCACAAGAAGACCCUCUUUUUAUUUGGUUAAGUGGAGGACCUGGAUGCUCUUCUCUUGUCGCCCUUCUGUUUCAGAACGGUCCUUUGGCUUUGAAGUUUGAGGUUUACAAUGGAAGUCUCCCUUCUUUGGCCUCUACUUCAUAUUCAUGGACAAAGAUGGCGAACAUAAUAUUUUUGGAUCAGCCUAUUGGAACUGGCUUCACCUACUCAAGAACUCCACUUGUGGAAAAAAUUAGUGACACAAAUGAAAUUAAAAUGAUCCAUGAGUUUCUUCAAAAGUGGCUGAGCGAGCAUCCACAAUUUUACUCUAACCCUUUUUACCUUACCGGAGAUUCUUAUUCCGGUAUAAUUGUUCCGCCCCUUGUACAAGAAAUUUCAAAAAGAAACUAUUUAUGUUGCACACCUCCAAUAAAUCUACAAGGUUAUAUACUCGGAAACCCGGCAACAGAUAAUGAACUUGAAGAAAACUCAAAAGUUCCGUUUGCUCAUGGAAUGACAUUAAUCUCGGAUGAACUCUACGAGUCAAUGAAGAGAAUUUGUAAAGGAAAAGUUGUAAAUUUUGAUUCACGUAACACUGAAUGCUUUAAACUCAUUGACAAUUACAAAAAGUGUACAGACAAAAUAAAUACACAAAAUAUAUUGUUACCGAAAUGCGAUAAAAAUAAUCCAGAUUGCUAUUUGUAUAAGUAUUCUCUCCUUCGCAAAUGGGCCAACGACGAGAGCGUUCGCGAAGCUCUUCAUGUCAAUAAGGGGAGUAUUGGUGAAUGGGCUCGAUGUCAUCCUUAUCUUAAUACUUCCCACAUUAGGGACAUUAAAAAUGCCGUACCAUACCAUAUGAAUAACAGUAUCCAUGGCGUCCGAUCUCUUAUCUACAGUGGUGAUCAUGAUAUGAGGGUGCCUUUUAUAUCAACUCAAGCCUGGAUAAGAUCUCUCAAUUACUCAAUCAUUGAUGAGUGGAGGCCUUGGAUGAUAAAUGAUCAAAUCGCUGGAUACACGAGAACUUAUGCCAAUAAGAUGACAUUUGCUACUGUCAAAGGAGGUGGACACACGACAGAGUUUAAACCAAACGAGUCCUUUAUCAUGUUCCAAAGGUGGAUCAGUGGCCAGCCUUUGUAA